AAGGCAGACUAGAACACCUAAGAGGAGGUGCCCUGAAAGAGGCCGAGAAGGACGGAAAGCGAAAACGAGCCCUGCCUCGCCGGGUUGAAAUAAGAAGCACUGAGGCUUGAGAGGCUCCACGCGCUCGGAAACCGCUGUGCGUUAUUACUAAGGUUGGUGGUGUUGUGAUUACGUCACUGUCCCGCCUGUUCCCGGCCGGCCUAUCCCGAAAGUGAAGCUCCUGGGGAGGCGGAGACCAGCAAGGUUUUCUCAAGCCAAUUCGGUAGGACCGUCAGUCCGCGGCGGGCAAGGAGGGCAACCCUGCAAGGCUACUUCCGGGUCCUGCAACUUGAGCGGAGUUGCCAUAGAGACGCCUCUUCUGGGGCCCAGCCAGUCGAAAGUCUCCGCCCACUGGGAUCCAGCUCUGGGGCGCUCCAACGGGCAGGAUCCAGCCUGCGGCCAGACACGCCCCACUCUGGGCAACUCGAGGCUUAAGGACCACCCGUAAACGUCAUUUCCGCCCUCAUCGGCAGCACUGCACGGAGGGGGCGGAGCCUCAGCGGAAGACGCUCUACUUGCGCGUCACUGCCGAUGAGCCGGGCGGAGGCAACGGCAACAUGGCCCUGAAUGGCGCUGGUGAGGACUUGGCCUGCGGGGGCCUGUGGCUGCGGGGUACGGGAAGCAGCUCGCUCCGGCAAGACCCCCCGGCCCCUUGUGCCUCUCUUCCACCAGAAGUUGUUGAUUUUUCCUGGGAGCCUCCGACUGAGGCGGAGACGAAGGUCCUGCAGGCGCGUCGAGAACGGCAGGAUCGCAUCUCCCGACUCAUGGGCGACUACCUGUUGCGCGGUUAUCGCAUGCUGGGGGAGACGUGCUCGGACUGCGGGACGAUCCUCCUCCAAGACAAACAGCGGAAAAUCUACUGCGUGGCUUGUCAGGAGCUCGACUCAGACGUGGAUAAAGAUAAUCCGGCUCUGAAUGCCCAGGCUGCCCUCUCCCAAGCUCGUGAGCACCAGCUGGCCUCUGCCUCGGAGUCCCCCUCGGGCUCUCGGCCUACCCCUCAGCCCUCAGUACCCCGUCUGGAGCACUGUGAGGGAGCUGCAGCAGGGCUCAAAGCAGCCCAGGGGCCGCCCCCUCCUGCAGUGCCACCAAAUGCAGAUGUCUUGGCCUGCACACAGACAGCCCUCCUGCAGAAGCUAACCUGGGCCUCAGCUGAGCUGAGCUCUAGCAGCUCCCUGGAGACUAGCAUUCAGCUGUGUAGCCUUAUCCGGGCUUGUGCUGAGGCUCUGCAAAGCGUGCGGCAGCUGCAGCACUAAGAAGCCCAUGAGGAAAACGCACUAGAAAAACAGCUGUUCAUCUGUGUGGUUUGUUCUUUCCUUGGUUCUGGGUGUGCAUGCUUGCCUCCACUUUCCUUUUUCCUAGUUGUGGCCUCAUACCCUUCUACUGUGCUUUCCUUGAUGCCCUGAGAGAUGGGUUGGCUUGUUUCUGCUCUGCUUCCCUAGUCAGAGGAUGAGGGGAGAGGGAGGGGGCUAUGUGAUAUCCUUUUAGGGGGCUGCAACCUAAGUGUCCUCAAAGGGCAAGAGGGGUGGAUCACCAACCUUGACUUUGGCAGCAGUCCUGUGCCUGUGGCUUCCUCAGCCAUCCAGUAUUCAUACCCCACACCUGAGCAAGAUUUUUGGCUCCAGCCCCUUUGGUGACUCCCCCUUUCCCCUGAGCAUCCUGAUUCCAUCAUUCUAGGCCACAUCUCGCCCAUCCCAAGUGCUCAGACACUGGAAGGAGGUUGUGGUGGCCCCAGCGUCAGAUUGCAUGUUAGGGGCUGAGUGUAGAUUUGCCCCAGUCUCCUGACUCCUAGAUCUAAUUGUGGGGAGGGAACGGUUUCUAUGCCAGGUCUCUGGUUUCCUUGGGAUAGUAAUUGGGCGGAAUAAUUGAAAACAGUGUGUGGGGAGGAGCAAGAAGAAUCAUAAGGAGCCAUGCCCUCUCCGUUUGACUUCUUUUCCCCCAUUUUCGGGCUCCGCUUCCUUCUGUCUGUGCCUCCGUAAUCCAGUCUCAGCUUUGAGCGAUGUGGUCCCAUAGUCAUUGCCCUUUUAAGAAGGGCCGCGCCCCUGCGGAGGGGGCGGGACAGGGCGGAGU